GGUAAUUCUAAAUAAUCGCCAUUUUAGAAAGUUAUCGCGACGUGUAGGAUAAACGGAUCUCUUUUGCAUCAUACAUCUAGAUAUUUUCCAUAAGCUUACUUCGGGGUCAAGAGAGACUCUCCCACUGCUGCUGGGAUGAGUGACUCUCAGGAGAGAGAGGAGGCUGCAGGUCCCAGUGAGACACUCAGACCAGAGUCUGCAGCACACGGCUUUAGGACCAUGAAGAAUGCUGAAGACAUGGCUGAUCCUGGGUCACCAACACACUCUGGUGGAGGAUCAGAGACACACAGACCUCCAUCUCCAGUGCCCAGCUGUGUGUCUAUGAAGAGUGAUAUGUCCCUCCCUUGUCCUCCAGACUUCAGCAGUGAACCACCACACUCUGAACCCAAACCAGAGACACACAGACCUCCAUAUCCAGUGCCCAGCUGUGUGUCUAUGAAGAGUGAUGUGUCCCUCUCUCAUCCUCCAGACUUCAGCAGUGGACCACCACACUCUGAACCCAAACCUGAAACACACAGACCUCCAUCUCCAGUGCCCAGCUGUGUGUUUAUGAAGAGUGAUGUGUCCCUCCCUCAUCCUCCAGACUUCAGCAGUGGACCACCACACUCUGAACCCAAACCAGAGACACACAGACCUCCAUCUCCAGUGCCCAGCUGUGUGUCUAUGAAGAGUGAUGUGUCCCUCCCUCAUCCUCCAGACUUCAGCAGUGGACCACCACACUCUGAACCCAAACCAGAGACACACAGACCUCCAUAUCCAGUGCCCAGCUGUGUGUCUAUGAAGAGUGAUGUGUCCCUCCCUCAUCCUUCAGACUUCAGCAGUGGACCACCACACUCUGAACCCAAACCAGAGACACACAGACCUCCAUAUCCAGUGCCCAGCUGUGUGUCUAUGAAGAGUGAUGUGUCCCUCCCUCAUCCUCCAGACUUCAGCAGUGGACCACCACACUCUGAACCCAAUGAGUUGACGGCUGAUCAGUUGAUGGGUGGAGUGCAUGAACAGGUACUGAGUGACACCAUCACCUGUAAACACAACAUCAACAAGAGCACAGAUAAUGAAGUCCUGAGGAGAGUUAUAGAGAACCAUAAAGCCAGUCUGAAGAGGAGGUUUGAGAACAUAUCUGAGGGCAUCAUCAAACCAGGAGCUGAGAUACUCCUCAAUAAGAUCUACACAAAGCUCUACAUCACAGAGGGAGAGAGUGAAGGGGUGAAUAAGGAGCAUGAGGUCUGGCAGGUAGAGUCAGCAUCCAGAUUUCAAACCACAGAAGACACACCAAUCGACUGCAAUGACAUCUUCAAGCCCUUACCUGGACAGAAAAAGUACAUUAGAACUGUGAUGACCAAAGGUGUUGCUGGUAUUGGAAAAACAGUGUCAGUGCAGAAAUUCAUUCUUGAUUGGACAGUUGGGAUAGCCAAUCAGGAUGUAGACUUCAUGUUCCCCCUUUCCUUCCGUGAGCUGAAUUUUGUCAGGGGUGAUCAGUAUAGUCUCCACAGGCUCCUGCUUGACUUCCACCCUGAGCUGAAGGAGCUGAAUGACGAUGAAGGAUAUAAAGACUGUCAGGUUUUGUUCAUCUUUGAUGGUUUGGAUGAGAGCCGGUUGACUUUGGAUCUUGAGCAGAACAGUAAAUUGUCUGAUGUAAAAAAACUAUCAUCAGUGGAUGUUCUGAUCACGAGCCUCAUUCAGGGAACUCUGCUUCCCUCUUCACUCAUCUGGACAACCUCACGUCCAGCAGCAGCCAGUCAGAUUCCCACUCAGUAUAUCGACCAGGUAACAGAAGUACGAGGAUUCACUGACACACAGAAAGAAGAGUACUUCUCAAAGAAAAUCAGUGAUGAGAGUCAGGCCAUCAAAAUCAUCUCACACAUUAAGACAUCCAGGAGUCUCCAUAUAAUGUGCCACAUUCCAGUCUUUUGUUGGAUUGCAGCUACUGUGCUUCUGCAGAUGCUGGAACAGGAGAACACUCAGGAAAUCCCCAAAACUUUGACUGAAAUGUUUGUACACUUCUUGCUCAUCCAGACCACCAGAAAGAAUCAGAAAUAUCAAGAAAGACAUGAAACAGACAAGAAUAGGCUCUUGGAAAGCCACAAAACAGAUAAGAAAAAGUACUCACAAAAAGAAAUCAUUCUGAAGCUAGCAGAAAUGGCCUUUAAGAAUCUAGGGAAAGGUAAUCUGAUUUUUUAUGAGAAAGACCUGGAAGAGUGUGGCAUUGAUCUCCGUGAAGCCUCAGUGUACUCUGGCAUGUGCACUGAGAUCUUCAAGGAAGACUCUGUUUUUCAUCAAAGGAAAGUCUACUGCUUUGUGCAUCUGAGCAUUCAGGAGUUUCUGGCUGCACUUCAUAUAUUCAUGUCAUAUCAGCAGUUUGACAGUAAACUACACUCAUGUUGUGAGGAUGGAUGGGUAACACUGUAUGAGUUUCUAAAGAAGGCAGUGGAAAAAGCUUUGGCCAGCAGGAAUGGACACCUGGAUCUUUUCCUUCGCUUCUUUAUGGGCAUCUCUCUGGAGAGCAAUCAGAGACUUCUGCAAGGUCUACUGAACCACACAUACCGCACCACAGAGAAGGACAUUAAGGACAUCUGUCAGUAUAUAAAAGAGCUCAACAGUGAAGGUCUCUCUCCUGAAAGAUGCAUCAAUCUUUUCCACUGCUUGUUUGAAAUGAAUGAUCAUUCCAUGCACCAAGAAAUUAGAAAAUAUCUGGAGUCACCAAAGGAUUUCAAAGGCCAGUUGUCUCCAGCUCAUUGUUCAGCACUGGCCCACAUGCUACUGAUGUCUGAGGAGGUGCUGGAUGAGUUUGACCUGAAGAAAUACAAAAUAUCAGAUGAGGGGCGCAGGAGACUGAUCCCAGCUGUGAGGUGCUUCAGAAAAGCACGACUUGCUGACUGCAAUCUCACCAAUAAAUCAUGUGAGAUUGUGGCCUCAGUUCUACAGUCUCUGAAUUCCCUGAUAGAGCUGGACCUGAGCAACAAUGACCUGGGAGAUUUUGGUGUUCAGCUUCUUUCUGAAGGACUGUCUAGUCCCCACUGCAAGCUGCAGAUAUUAAGGCUCUGUGAUUGUGGUAUCUCAGAUGAAGGUUAUGUUUGUCUGGCUCUGGCCCUGAUGUUAAACCCCUCAUGUGUGAAAGAGCUGGAUGUGAGCAACAAUCACCCUGGAGAAUCAGCACAGAAGCUAUUAUCUGCUACACUGAAGAAUACUCAUCACGAAGUUGAAGCCCUUCAACUUGCUGGUUGCAAACUCACAUAUAAGUCCUGUGAGCUUGUGGCCUCAGUUCUGCAGUCUCCAAACUCCCUGAUAGAGCUGGACCUGGAAACCAAUGACCUGGGAGAUUCUGGAGCUCAGCUUCUCUCUAAAGGUCUGCCUAGUCCCCACUGCAGACUGCAGACAUUAAGGUUUCUCUAG